AAAGGUCAAAAGUGAAAUAGAAUCACUAUUGGUAGUUUUACCAUCGAAGUGAAGAAGACACUCCAACAAGCAAAUUUAUUUGACAAUUGGUAGUUUUUCGCGAGACUUCGGACAAAUCGGUCAAGAAAGAAAGUUUAGUGCUAUAUUUGAAUGAAAAGCUGGUCACAGAAUAGAUUUUUCCCCAUUUGAAAUUGAAACUGACUCAUCAAAACUGUUCAGGUGCUGUUUGAUCCGGUGUUAUAUUCUGUGAAGUGAAUAAAAUCAAAGGAAAGGAUCUCAAAGACAGAUUUCCUUACGCUAAUUGAGUGACAAAACACGCUUUGAUUGAUAGUCAAAGCUUAUCAAACCUCAAGAAAAGCGAGAAAACCCAUCAAAAAAUGGACUUCGACGAAUACCGCAAAAGAGGCAAAGAAAUGGUCGACUACAUCGCCGACUAUCUGGAGGGGAUCCGAGAUCGGCGGGUUCUACCGGACGUCAAGCCCGGCUACAUGCGAGGGCUCCUUCCGGAUUCGGCGCCCCUGGAGGGAGAAAACUGGCAGACGAUCAUCGACGACGUCGAACGAGUUAUCAUGCCGGGCAUAACGCACUGGCAGAGUCCCCAUAUGCAUGCCUACUUUCCGGCGUUAAACUCGUUCCCCUCGCUGCUGGGCGACAUGCUAGCCGAUGCUAUAAAUUGCCUCGGCUUCACUUGGGAUCAGCGGCCAUAA